AUGGAUUCGGCGUGGAAUGAUGGCUAUGGACACGAUGAUCUUGACGAAUUCAUAUUCAACAAGUUCAUCGUGUCGUCGGAUUCAAACGAUGAGGAUGCCGGAAUGAGGAUGAUGAUGAGCAUCCAAGAGGAGUUCGAGAAGGCAGACGAGCACGUCCUAAACUUCAAGGGUUUCAUCAAGGGUCGGAUAGUGAUUCCGCGUGAUAGGAUUGCCGGUGCACGACUUCUGUUCAUGGACUACUUCGCAGUUGUCCCAACAUUCCAUGGAACCUUCUUUCGUUGUCGCUACCGGAUGAGCAUAAACUUGUUCUUGCGGGUAGUGGAAGGCACGGAGAAGGCUGAUGGCAACUUCAAGCUGAGGAAGGAUUGUUGCGAAAAACUUUCUUUCUCUCCUCUGCAAAAAUGCACUGUUGCUGUCAGGAUGCUUGCUUAUUGUAAAGCAGCAGAUGCAAUUGAUGCAGGAAUCCGGAUGGGGGAGACCAUAGUCUUGAAAACCACGGUGCAAUUUGCAUGCACUGUGGUGAAGGUGUUCGGACCAGAGUACCUGAGAGAGCCAACUGUGGAGGACAUGAAAAAAUUGUUGGCAAUUGGAGUAGCAAGAGGAUUCCCCAUAUGCUAG